AUGUUCAAAAAAUUAGCACUAGUUUUGUGUUGUUUGGAACUAGCUAGUGGCUUAAGUGUAUAUCAUUUAACAAACCCAUUUGAUCUGCUACAAGGUUUAAGCCAUGCAAAGCUAGAGUAUAAAACAGAGAAACCUAUUUCAUAUAAAACGAUAAAAUUCUUACAGACACAAAUUCAGAAAGUCUCAGAAGAUGAAGAGAUAAAGCAAGGACUAGGUCAAUUAUCUCAGCCAUCUGGAACUUCUUUUAGGGAAAGUCCGCUGUCUCAAGAGGCAUUUAAACUGCAAAGUAAUAUUUUAUUCGCAGAGGCUACUGAGAAAAGAAAAAUUGCCAAGUAUUUACAGGAACAGAGUGGUAUAUCUGAAGGUGAAUUAUCCAAGACUGAUUUUAAUGAAGAGAAGUUCCCGGAAAAGAAAGCGGCAAUAGCAAAUGCUAAACGUGCUAAAGUGCUUCUAGCACAAGCUUAUAUUUUGGAAGAGGAGGCAAAGAAAAUGCAAAUUGCUGCACAAAAAGCAGAAGCAGGUAGUAGUAAACAAUGUGACAUAUUGAAAAUUGGACCAUUAGCUUUUGUGCCAAAUAGUGAGGAGGUAACAGAUAUAAUGGACGGCUCUUUGGGAUUUCUAAAUGGAAAUAUGCUAACAUUAUAUUUCAAUACGAUUCCAAAAGCAUCUUUUGCUCUAGAAGGUAUAGAACUGCCAGUUUACAAUGUUGAUGCAGCUCCAGGAUGUUUAGGGUUCAAAUACCACGGUGUGGAUCAAGUGCUGUGUGGAUUGGGUAAGGAUAGUCAAGUUGCAUGGAUAAAUGCUAUUACAGAGGCAUGGUUCUGUCGUAAUGUGGGUUUGGCUGGUACAUUACCGUCAAUAGAGGCUUCCAAGAGGCAAACGGAGAAAUCAAAGUCUGUUUGGUCAUUAUCCAGACCUGCUAUUAAGACAAUUACCAUUGGACUAGAAGAUGGCAAACCGAAAGUAACAGAAGUCUAG